AUGAUGGCACACGGGUUCAAUUUUCAGGGGCGAAGAAAACGGAGCCGAGGCGUCGUCCCAGCAGAAAUAACGAAGAGAGCUGCCGAGAGUCCGUCCGAGGAAUGCAAAGGUCCGCCUUUUUCCCACCUUCUUUUUUUUGUUUUUUGUUUUUUGCCAGUGGCUCUGAGAAAGAAGGAAAAAAAAGAAGAAGACGGCAAAAAAAAACGAAAAAAAAAGAAAGAAUAAGAAUCGGUGGGCGUGGCUUGUUUGGACAAGUUCCCACUUCUUUUUCUCAUUCUUUCAUCGCCCUAAACGAAUAUUCAUUUGACAAAAUUCACUCCUUUCUUAGCAAUUGACUUGAGUUCAUUGUUUUCGAUACGAAGUUUCAAGGUUGAUCUGAGAAAACUUCAGAUAUUUCGCUGCGCAUCGACUCAUUCAAAAAAGCGACAUAUUUAAGAGCUUAUAUUUCGCUUCCCCUCAAUUUUCAAUACCUCAAAAAGGUUUGAAACGAGUUUUCGCUGAGCUUUCGGAUGCGUUUGAAAUAAUCUUUCGAUUCAAAACAUUUUUGUUUUUUUCGAUAAAUUUUUCUUUUUAAAAAUCUUGAAAAUGAUUGAAAAAAACUCUUUGAAGUUUUAUUGUUCAUUAUUUUCAAAGCAUUUUCGAAGCGUUUUCAUCCCUUAAAAAUCAUAAUUUUUUCGAAAAGACUUCUUUUUUUCAAAAGUCUUUUUAUUUUCAAUGCGUUAUGGCUUUUUUUCCGUCUCAAUUCUCUUUUUUUCUUUUUGACUAGUUCCCUCUUUCUGAUUGAAAUUUUGAUGUGAAUAAUUUCAAUUUUUUUUUCAAAUCUUUAAAUGAAACUAAGAUAUCCUUUUCUCAAAAAUGAUUCAAACGUUUUGGUCAAAUAAUGGGACGUUUUGGUAGAAGUCAUUUUCCAAUAAUGAUAAAUAUGCUUACAGGUGAGAAGCGGCACAGUCGGGAUAUGGUCAUGAUGAACACGUCGACCAAGUUUAGCGACAACUACGAUGUCAAGGAGGAGCUCGGAAAGUGAGUAUUUUCUCAAAUUUUGAGAAAAAAAGCAAGCGAUUCGGCUUAAUGCGCUGCAUUGAGAAAUGAGAAAUUCGGAGCAUCGUUCGAAAAGAGUUUUUCAUCAAGGGUUUUUCAAUACUUUUUUGAAUAGUUUUCCAGUUUUUUCUUUCAAUUAUUUCGAUGAUUCUAGACUUCUCAUUCCAACCAAUUCAGUUCAAAAUAAUUUUCUUCAUCUUUAAGUGGGUUUUCUCGAAUUUCAUCUACCACCACCUACCCAGAAAAUUUAGAUUUUGGGCUUUUUUUCCGAUUCCUUGGAAAUAAUUCUGAUUACGUCUUCCCACAAUUUUGUUAUUGCGUCCGAAUUUCUAGGAAACUCCACAUUUUCUAGAAAACACCGAAUGUUUGUAGCGCUCUGCUGAUUGUGCGUAGGUUUUUGUAGUCUUCCGGGAAUACAAUACCUCAGAAGACUACAAAAAUUGUCGUCGCUCUAUAGUAUUCUGUAACCUUGCGGUGUCUUGUACCAAUACAUCUGCGUGGGCUUUUAGUGGCGAUAAUCUGCCGAGUUUCCACGGCAACCGGCGCGAUAUUCGUUAAGAGUGCGAAGAAAGGAACACACACACUUUUUCGAAUUGAUAUGUCUUGAUUGUGAAACGGAGGUGCUAUACGACCACCACUCCGCUAAUCCGACGCUUUUGACGCCCACGGGGAUUAGCCUUAUCAGAAAUAAGAGGAAUUUGUGGGUGAUCAGAAGGGCUGGAAGACGGAAAGUGAAUUGAGCAUUUCAAACUUUGGAAUUCGUUCCAAAAUUCUCCGUUUUCAGAUAAAAAGAAGGGUUUUGAAAAAGAGAAUCCAGCAAGUUCGUGCGAACUAAAUUCCAAAAACUUAUCUAGAAUAUUCCAACCAAGUGACUGAGAACGCUACCUCUGUGAGAAUAAAAGGAGGAAAGAAAAUGUUUCAGAGGUGCAUUCUCGGUGGUGCGACGGUGCGUGCACAAAACCUCGGCCCAAGAAUUCGCCGCCAAAAUAAUCAACACGAAAAAGUUGUCGGCGCGCGAUUUCCAAAAGUUGGAACGCGAGGCCCGCAUCUGCCGCAAGCUUCAACAUCCCAACAUCGGUUAGUUUUGUUUUUUGAAAAUGUCUUGUUUUCGAAAAGUACGAGUUGAAAAGAGACCAAUCGAUAUGUCUCUCCAACGAAAAGCUUCAGAAAAGUUCAGUUUCGAAACAUGUUUUUUGCAGUCCGACUACACGACAGCAUCCAGGAGGAGUCGUUCCACUACCUCGUCUUUGAUUUGUGAGUCCUGGUUUCUCCUUUUUUCUCUCCGAUUUGUUGGGAAGGAUAUUUAUUGAUGGGUCUGGGAAUCCGUUUCGUAAUCUCGGAUUUAAAUUUAUGAGGGCUCUCGUGUAGUGCAAGGGAAAAAAGUAGUUUUUGAAAGGCAGAGGAGAGCUGUGAAAAUUAUAUAAAAUGUUUUCAUUCUUAGUUUUCAGGGUAACUGGCGGCGAGCUCUUCGAAGAUAUUGUCGCCCGUGAAUUUUAUAGUGAAGCCGACGCCAGGUAUUUUAGAAGUUCCCAGUUAGAAUUAGAACGAUGUUUUGGGUAUUUGGAAGAAUGAGGAGAUGAGAAAAAUAUAUUUAAUGAAAAACAACGAAUAAAAGUUAAAAUUUUUGAAUUUUUUCGAGCUUCAAUCAAAUAGAGAUUGUGCUCAAAAAAAUCAAAAUCUCAAGUUCAAAUUUUCGCUUUCAUUCUAUAAUUUUACUAGAAAAAUUUAUCACUCAUAUCAUCUAGUCCACCCUAAAUUGAGCCUCAAACUUCGUAAAGGAUUAUCAAGAAUGUGCAGUUCGUUGGAGCGCAUUUUUCAAAACUCUAACAGCAAAUAACCGACGAAAUCGUUUUUCUCAAUCUUUUUCUUUCUUCAAAUACCCAAAAGGGUAGUUUUCUUCUUUCCAAAUAAUCUAUUAACCAAUUUAGCGUUGAGUAUUUGUAGUUAUUGCAUUUGGCAAAUUCUCGAGGGGGUCAAUUAUUGCCACCAAAGAAGCAUUGUGCACAGAGACAUGAAGGUAUCAAAAUUCACUCAAACUUGAAAAAAAAAACGUUUUUUGAAUGUUUUCGUUUUUUUGUCCUUUUCAUUUUGGGCUGCCGUCUUCUACUGCUGCUACUGCUGCUGCUGACCACUUAACCCUCGAUGAAAACGCUUAAAAGACCGGUUUUUAGUGGUUCCUCAAGGGGUCACUAAAAUCGUUUUUUGUUUCUCCAAAAGAAAAGAAAACUUCCUUCCUGUGUUUGAAUCCCUUUGUUGCGAACGUUAUGAAUUCCUAUGACGUCAUUUUUUACAUUCUAAACUUUUUCAAAGCUGCGUGAAAAUAUGACUUAUCGAAAAUAUAUCGGAGGAAAAAAACGUUUCGAGGAGUCUAUGUGUGAAAUUCACGUCAUUACAAGAUCAAUAUGACGUCAUUGCUCUGAAACCAUUUUUUUCAGUAAAAAGUAUUCUAAAAUGAUUAUUUUGGUUCCUUAUGUCAUCUUCUAAUUUAAUGAAAAAUAAUAAUCUCGAUCUAUUUUCAUCGUAGUUUAUUUAUGUUUUGCUUCGACACAAAGUAAGACUCAAACACAGAAAGUAGAUCAGCUUUUUCGCCAAAGUGAUUAAAAGUAGAAUAACACCUGUGUUAAAAUUAUUUUUAAGGAUUUUAAUAAUUUACCUAACCAAAACCGUGAGAGAGUGUUUCCGUAGUUCAUUUUUUCUUUGGAACAUUUGUGGAUAAUUCGUUAAUAUAAUUGUAAAAAUUUUUAAUUGUUUCAAUUCUUUUUUUGCGAUCAACAUCAGUUUGAUUAGAAUGAACUAUGGAAACGACAUAAUCGAUUUGGCGUGACUUGAAACGCAGUGAUUUGCUGUAGUAAUAUUCAGCAGAAUAUUUAAAAGCGAUUUUUGAAAAUAGGCGUGUUUUUUCUGCGUACUUGAAGAGCAAACACGAAGAUCUUUGAAGUUUUGGUUAUCUUUCAAAUGCCGCCAAAUUGAUUAUGUUUGGUUGGAAAUUCUUUUGGUUUUCGAUUCUGCACCAGUACUAACCCGGUUUUGCAGUCAUUGCAUUCAACAAAUCCUCGAGUCUAUCGCGUAUUGCCAUGCUAACGGCAUCGUUCAUCGCGACCUUAAGGUUUCCAAUUUAUCUUCAGUUUUGUUGUAGUAGUGGGUUUUGUAUUGUGUAAACUUUCUUUUUUUUUUCCUUUCUUUUUCUUCAAUUUUUUAUUAUUUUCAGACCAAAAAAAGCUAGGAAAUUUUCAUGAAACUUGAAAAAUUCAAGAAGGAAUAUUUGAAAGUGCAAUUUUCCAUUUCGCCUGUAUGCUUCUGGUUCUGGGCUUUUCCUUUCGGCUUAAAACUUCAGCUUUUUUUCCACUUUCUGAGCGUUUUUUUGUGUUAUAGUCUGUUCAGAUUUUGAAUGUCAAGCAGCUAACUCCACCCCCAAAGCUACAAUAUCUUUCGCGUCAAUGUUUGAUCUACAGAUGACGAUGGCCCUUUAAUAAGGCUGCAUUUUUGACUUCUUUUUCUAUCUUUUAGAUCAAAAAAGAUCAAAAUUAGUCCCGCGCGUUAAAACAUCGACGCGAAAGGGUACCGUCUCAGCAGGGGCGGAGUUAGCUGCUUUGACAUGUAGAAUCUGAACAGACUAUAUGCUUCGUGUCAAAAGUCUUGGAGUUUGCAUGAGUCAAAACAGAAGAUGUAACUCAUGGAAAACUCCAUGACUUUCUCAUAUAGUCGGUUCACAAAAACUUUGAAGAUUUACUUGAAGGCGCAGGAUAUCACGUUCAAUGCGUUUUAUAACGAAAAUUUGUUUUCAUCCUGUGCCUUUGAAAUUUAGUUCAAGUUUCUUGUGAACAGACUAUACAGUACCGUGCAAAAAAAUUUUUAUUUUUCGUUUUAUUUUCUCUAGUUUUUUUCUGAGCGAGAAGGUUAAUGUUCCAGCCUCGAAAUUUAAGAAAAAUUAGAAUAAUGGGAUUUUGAGAAACGAAAAUAAUUUUUUGCCGGGACUUAUAGUUUAUUCAGCGCUGCUAUGGAAAAAAAAAAUCAAAUAGUGGCUCGAAUUUCAUGCUUUUUCGAUUUGAUGCUCACUUUGAGACUUUACUCUUGAGGGCAUUUUUGAAGAGUUUUUUCCAAUAUUUUCCUGACAAAUAGCUAAAAAUGUAUUCUGAAGAAGUCAGAGUUGUGUUUCGAAUAAAAAGAGCAUCAACUUCGUGCCAAAAGUAUCUUCAUACGCCAAGCAGUUUUUUUUUUCCAAGCUAACGGUGGAUACACUAUUCAACAUGAACCGGAAUGACAAUGGGAAUGGCGUUAUUUAGCCUGAAAACCUUCUGCUGGCGAGUAAAGCGAAAGGAGCGGCGGUGAAAUUGGCCGAUUUCGGAUUGGCCAUCGAGGUUAGCCAGGACACGGAGGCGUGGUUCGGAUUCGCCGGAACACCUGGAUAUUUGUCCCCGGAAGUCCUCAAGAAGGAUCCCUACGCCAAGCCGGUCGACAUCUGGGCUUGCGGUUCGUUUUUGAUUUUUGUUUUUUUGGGGUGAGGAGAUUCGACAAAAAACCUCUUUCUUCCGUAUGAAUUGAGUGUAAAAAAUAUUCAAGUUAUAAAAGUGGAUGAAACAUGAUAAAGUUUUUUAAAGAUUUUUCUUUGAGCGUUUUGCUGAUGACUAGAUUGAUCAGUCUCAACUUGAGAAUCUCUGGUCGCUCGUAGAAUGUCUCAAUGCGUCGCAGUUGCGCUGCGAACGAGGAUAUUCAUUCAAAGUUUGAACAGAAUUUCGUAAAUUCCAAGCUUAUGAAAACGUUUCUUUUGGUCUGAGGGCAACUGCUUCGCAGCUUUUUAGGUUCAGCCAUUUUCCGGACGACCAGAAUAUUUAUAGCUGAAAAUUAUCGAUCAAAGAGCUCAUGUUGUUUUUUUGGGAUCUUCACAUGAUCAGUGAGAGAGUGGGAAAAAUAAGAGACUCAGACGUCUCUGUAGUACUUUUUUGCAAGAUGGAAGUAUAGCUUGAACGUUCCUCUUUAGAAAACUCUGAAAGUAUAAAAACCUUCCAGGUGUUAUCCUGUACAUUCUGCUCGUCGGCUACCCUCCUUUCUGGGAUGAGGACCAGCACCGACUUUACGCUCAAAUCAAGGCUGGCGCCUAUGACGUGAGUGACGUCAUUCUGAAAGUUUUUCAACCUCAAAAUUACAGUACCCAAGCCCCGAAUGGGAUACGGUAACGCCUGAGGCAAAAAGCCUCAUCGACAGUAUGCUGACGGUUAAUCCAAAGAAGCGGAUAACGGCCGAUCAGGCGCUCAAAGUCCCGUGGAUCUGUGUAAGUCGUUUAUGUCUUGACUAGACGACCGCAUUCGGAAUGGAUUUUAUCUCGCAAAAAUAUAAGUUUUUCCUUGGGAUUUAAUCAAAGACUGGAUAUUUUUCUGAAAAGUUGAUUUAUUGAUUUAAACACUCAAUUUUCAGAACCGCGAACGCGUGGCGUCGGCCAUCCACAGACAGGACACUGUUGACUGCUUGAAGAAGUUCAACGCUCGUCGGAAAUUGAAGGUUCUUUUUUCAUUCGUUCUUUAUUCCAUUUUUCCUAAGCAGUUAGUCAAUUAAUAGCUGGGAAAAUGAGUGCGGCGUAUUUUUGUAUGACACUGAAUAGGUCACGAUAUCUUUUAACAGACUAUGACGUCAAUAAAUAGAACAUGACGCUAGAGGUAAGAUGUAAGUGUUGAAAUUGAAUAUAGGAAUAAUAUCGGUAAAAAACAAACGUUUUUAUAUUGUCUCUGAUUUUAGAGAGAGGAUUAUUAAAAGUCAGAGCCGCACUCAUUUUUUCUAAAAGUUUCUUCUAUUUUAUUUACUUUGGUUCGCUCCUAUCUUCUAUUUUUUCAUAAUACUUUUACAUGAUUACUAUUAAAAAUGAUUCAAGCAUGUGAAUGGAGGUGUUGUGAUUCUCAAAAAAAAAAAUCUACAAAAAAACUUUCUAGACUGUAGUUUUUCUAUUUUUCCCCUUAUUUCAAGCACCUUCGUUUUUGUGAUUCGUGUAAAAACACCCUUUUUUCAGUAGAACAAAGUCGGUAGAAAAAUGUUUACCUUUAUUUCAGUGUCGUCUAUCUUUCUCUCACGAAAAAGAACUAAUUGAAAACCCUUGUCAUACCUUUAUUUGCACGUUGGGUUCGUUUUCUUUUGAUAUAUAGUCCAAAUAUUGGAAAAUGCGAACAGUUGGUGUGUUGACGGAAUGCCGGCGAAUGCGCGAAUGUCGUGUGAACAUAGUUUGUCCAUUAUUGUACUGAAAAAUUCCGUUUUCAUCCUACAUGUACUCAUACUUUAUAGAUUUUCUGUAUUUAUUUAUGCCGUUCGGUUUGAAAUAAUGGGUUAAACUCUUUAAAACUCUUUUCUCUCUCUUUUUAUCUCAGUUUUUUGGAAUUUCGUUGUUCUAUUUAUGAAAAUUUUAAAUGGAAACUGAAGAAAAUGUUACUAGGCGUUUUCAAAAAAUUAUCGAUGAACUUUUUGCCGCAUUUAGAAUUUCUUUUAUUUAAUUUGAUUAAGGGAAAAAACUAUUCCAAGUGCGACAAUCUAGUCUGAUUUGAUAGCUUGUAGAUUCCUGCAUUCGCGUUCCAGCUAGAAUUUUCAAGGCUGCAAGAUAGCUAAUUAGAGGCAUGGGUUACUGGAACGCUUUUGUAAGGUUUCACAACAACUGACCGGUUGAAAAUGAAAAUCCAUAGUGGCAACCUUCGAAAAGUAGACCCAAAUGUACGUAUACACAAAACACACCCACGUACACACGACCCAUGAGGCAGGCAGCGAUUUCUGCCGUGAAGAUGGUGACGAGAAUGUCGGGCGUGUUGCGGACGAGCGACUCGACUGGCAGCGUCGCCUCGAACGGCAGCACGCCGCAGGAGGCCGGCACGUCUGCGGGGCCUUCGUCGCAGCCGACGAGUCCUCUGCACAACACCACCAACGAGGUAUCUCCCCUGCCUUCCUCCCACACCAAAGACCCCAUCCUUCCAAGUUGUCAUCUGAAUCGGACACCUCUCGUUGCAGAGACAAGCUGA